CGUUACGUUAUCAGGAAGUGAAAAUGGACUUUUAUUUUGAAGGUGAUUUCCUCUCUCUCGCUGGUAGUUUCCGCUAACUUUCUUCUUCGGGUGUGCUUUUCAUGGGAGCUGCCGGUCGGAUGCAAGCUAGUUCUACACAGAGAGGGUUUCUGUCAUCCUAGCUCCCGUUCAUUGUUUCUCCUCACUUUUGGUGCCUUGGAAAGCUUCGUCUUUUUACAAGAAUAAAGGAGGAAAGUGGAUUCAGUGAAGAUUACUAAAGCCUGUGAAAGUCAAUCCUGGACUCUGUCUUCUUUGGGAUCCUCACCUCAUGUUAGCUAUCUGUCGAACUGUUUACGUCACAGACACAGACACGUAGGACAGAAUAGUAAAAAGACGUCUUCACAGCGGGCACUUCAACUACAGAAACAAUAAACAAUGACAGACAACACCGGCAUAGGUGGAGAUACUGGGAGCGAUGAGACUGUCACAGAACGAGACCUGGGUCUCGAUGCUGCCUCUCUGCAUUCCACCACAUCUGGAGGAUCCAAACUCUCUUCAAUAAGCAAAGCUGCUGUCAGGGCCCGUGCCAAGCUGGAAGCUGCAUGCGCACGUGCUUCCUAUAGACAACGAGAAGCUGAAUUAAAGGUUAAAGAGGCCCAACUAGCAGCAGAGUUAUCAUCACUGAAGCAUGAGGAGGAGGUAGCAGCAGCUUUAGCUGAAACUCAGUUCCUCGAAGAGGCAGCAGAGCGUGAGAGUUGUGAAGGAAGCAGGAAGAGCCACUACAGAUUGGCUAGCAUCAGCAUGCAACGUACACGUGAUUAUGUUGAACAACAUACUUCCCAGUGUAGUAAUAGGGAGCCUCCAUUACUCAAACCAUAUACAUCGCAAACCCCUCCCCUCUCAGUCAGCAAUGACGUCCAUGCAGUACAGCAUCCAGCAAGCAAUGCUGCAGCAGCUUCGGCACAGCAACCCACUGGUAUAACCUCAGCGACUCCGGCACACAAACCUGCAAGUUCUACGCCCUCAGUUCCGGCACAUCAACCUGCAAGUUUAACGCCUGCUUCCCUGCCUCAGCAUUCUUCAAGGUUAAUGCCAACCGCAGCUCAGCUACCUGCAACGUCAAGUCGGCCAGCUCCUGCUCAGCAACAGCAACCAGCAAGUUGGACACCCAUGGCUCCGGUGCGACAACCUGCAAGUUCAGUGCCAGCAGCACAUCACCAACUUCCAAAUGAGCUCCACCCUCAACGUUCUCCUGUUCAGCCAUAUUACUCACCUCUCAGAGUCCAGCCUCAGCUUAAUCCUAGUGAUACAACUGGUAUGAGUGACAUUGCAAGAUAUUUUGUGCGUCGGGAGCUUGUGAGCUCCGGUCUCACCCAGUUCAAUGACCGUCCAGAAAACUACUGGGCGUGGAGGUCCUCCUUCAUCAACGCCACCAGAGAACUCAGUUUAAAUGCCAGUGAGGAGCUCGACCUAUUGACCAAGUGGUUAGGCAGAGAGUCCUCGGAGCACGUCAGAAGGAUCCGCUUCGUUUAUGUUGCCAACCCUGCUGUAGGCCUACGACUCGCCUGGGAACGUCUAGAGGAGUGUUACGGCUCCCCUGAAGUUAUUGAGAGAGCUCUCUUCGAAAAGUUAGAGAACUUCCCUAAAAUUUCCAACAAAGAUCCUGCGAAACUAAGGGAACUGGGAGACCUGCUGAUGGAAUUAAGCUCUGCUAAGUCUGAAGGCUAUCUGCCAGGGCUCUUGUACCUGGACACGGCCAGGGGUGUGAACCCUAUUGCUGAAAAGCUGCCGCACAGUCUUCAAGAGAAAUGGCUGGCUAAAGGUUCUCAGUACAAAGAACAACACUGUGUCUCUUUUCCCCCCUUCGCCUACUUCACGGAUUUCAUCUGCAGCGAAGCACGCAGAAGAAAUGACCCCAGCUUCACUCUCACCCCAACUUCAUCAAAAACAUUCAACCAGUACCUGAAACACGAACAACCCGAAAGAGAAAUGAGAACUGCCAAAAGACAAGUCUCUACUCAUAAGACAGACGUCACAACCAAAAUGGACAGUUUAAGUCACAAGCCUGACGACAUUGGAAAACAGUGUCCCAUCCAUCAGAAACCACAUCCUCUGAAGAAGUGCCGGGGUUUUCGUAGCAAGCCACUUGAGGAGCGCAGAACCUUUCUGAAGGAGAAUGGUGUCUGUUUUAAGUGUUGCUCCUCCACAACCCAUCUGGCAAAGAACUGUAAAGCAGUACUGAAAUGCAGCGAAUGUGAUAGCGAAGAUCAUGUAGCUGCACUUCACCCUGGACCACCACCAUGGGAUACAGACAACAGGGGCCCCCCAUCACAGUACGGCGGGGAGAGCGGAGGAAAAGCACCUGAGCCAACAGUCAUAAAUAAAUGUACAGAGGUGUGUGGCAGAGGGCAAACCCUCCGUUCCUGUUCCAAGAUCUGCCUGGUUAAGGUUUAUCCCAAAGCACACCCAGACAGGGCUACUAAUGUCUACGUUGUCCUGGACGACCAAAGCAACAGGUCUCUGGCAAGAUCCAAAUUCUUUGACCUCUUUCAAAUCAAGUGUGUAGACUCACCUUACACUCUGCGGACAUGUGCAGGGGUCACGGAGACAUCCGGAAGGAGAGCCACAGGGUUCAUCGCGGAGUCCCUGGAUGGGAAAACAAACCUAGUUCUUCCAACACUCAUAGAGUGCAAUCACAUGCCAGAUGAUCGGUCGGAGAUUCCAACCCCCGAGGCUGCACAACACCACAGCCAUUUGGAGUCCAUUGCUCACAUGAUUCCUAGUUUGGAUCCCGAGGCCCAAAUACUGAUACUACUAGGACGCGACGUCCUCCAGGCCCACAAAGUCAGGGAGCAACGCAAUGGCCCUCACAGUGCUCCCUAUGCGCAACGUCUGGAUUUUGGAUGGGUCGUCGUAGGAGAUGUGUGCCUUGGGUCGGCCCACAAGCCAGCAGCUGUGACUUCCUACCGCACCGCAGUGCUCGAAAAUGGGAGGCCGUCUCUCCUAACUCCAUGCCCCAACCAACUACAGGUCAAGGAGAGGUUCAGCCCCAAAGUACAGAAUGCAACCUCGCUUCGCAGUCUCAAACACAACAGCCCUGCCUUCUAUGACUGCAGCCUGGGCAGUACAAUCUUCCAAAGUACCAAAGAUGACGACCAAGUGGGGCUUUCCAUUGAGGAUCGAAUGUUUCUGGAAGUCAUGGACAGAGAGAUGAGAAUCGAUGACACCAACAGUUGGGUGGCGCCUCUCCCAUUCAGAUCCCCUCGUCGACAGCUCCCAAACAAUCGUGAACAAGCACUCAGGAGACUCACCUCCCUCCGUCGAACCCUCGAAAGAAAGCCGAAGUUAAAGGCCGACUUCGUCGCCUUCAUGCAAAACAUCUUUGAUCGUGACCAGGCUGAGUUGGCCCCACCCCUGAAGGAGGGAGGUGAAUGCUGGUACUUACCUAUUUUUGGUGUCUAUCACCCCCAGAAGCCGGACAAGAUCAGAGUGGUCUUUGACUCCAGCGCCCAACAUCACGGCAUCUCUCUGAACGACGUGCUGCUUACAGGCCCGGAUCUAAACAACAGUUUGCUUGGAAUCUUGCUGCGCUUCCGAAGAGAGGCAGUGGCCAUCAUAGCCGACAUCGAACAGAUGUUCCACAGCUUUGUUGUUAGAGAAGACAGCCGAGACUUCCUACGCUUCCUAUGGUUCAAAGAGAAUGACCCCAACCAGGAAGUUGUAGAAUACCGCAUGAAGGUCCAUGUAUUCGGUAACUCGCCUUCCCCGGCUGUAGCCAUCUAUGGACUUCAUCGAGCAGCAGAACAUGGAGCAAUCGAGCAUGGGAUGGACACAAAACACUUCGUGGAACGCAACUUCUAUGUCGACAAUGGGCUCAAGUCACUCCCAUCAGCCACAGAAGCCAUCGAUCUGCUGACAAGGACACAGCAGAUGUUGGCUGCCUCAAACUUAAGGCUCCAUAAGAUAGCGUCAAAUUGUCCUGAGGUGCUGAAAGCCUUCUCUCAAAGUGACCAUGCCAAAGGAUUGCAAAACUUGGACUUUGAUGACAACUCUGCACUCAUCCAACGCAGCUUAGGACUCAGCUGGGAGCUCAAACAUGAUGUGUUUACCUUCAGAGCAGCAGCAACAGAGAAGCCCUACACCCGCAGAGGUGCUCUUUCAGUAUUAAACAGCCUCUACGACCCCCUCGGUCUUGUUGCUCCAGUCAUCAUUCAGGGAAAGUUCCUGCUGCGAGAACUCACCUGCAAUGAAACCCUCGACUGGGAUACCCCCCUUCCAGAUGCUAAGGAAGCAGAAUGGAUGACGUGGAAGGAUUCACUGCAAGACCUGCAGGACUUCAGAAUGCCUAGAGCGUACGCACGCACCACCCUGUCUACUGCUCGGAGGAAAGAGCUCCAUUUCUUCUCUGAUGCUUCAGUGAGGGCUAUCGCUGCAGUAGGCUACCUGAAGGUGAUCGACAGCAAUGGCAAGUGUCACGUCGGUUUCGUCCUGGGAAAGGCAAAGCUAGCGCCUCCAUCUGCUCACACAAUCCCGAGACUGGAGCUGGGUGCUGCUGUGCUAGCAGUAGAAAUGGCAGAGCUGGUACAGAGAGAGCUGGACAUCAACAUCGAUACAAUGCACUUCUACACAGACAGCAGAGUUGUCCUGGGAUACAUCUAUAACCAAACCAGACGCUUUUAUGUGUACGUAUGCAACAGGGUGCAGCGAAUCAGAAGGUCCACCAAACCAGAUCAGUGGCGAUACGUCAACACAGCUCAAAACCCAGCAGAUUAUGCUACGCGAUCAGUUCCCGCAGCUGAGCUCAAAAACACCACAUGGCUGACCGGACCCCCCUUUCUGUCCCUGCCUGAUGGAUUUUCCUGUCCCGAGGUGGCACAUCAUGAACUCAUCGACCCUGACUCAGACAGCGAGGUACGUUCCCAUGCCACAACACUCUCUGUACCUUCAUUUAAGCUGGGAUGUCAUCGCUUCGAGCGUUUCUCUUCAUGGAGGUCUCUUGUGCGGGCCGUGGCUCUCCUGACUAGCAUGUUGGGACGCAGAACAGCAGUGGUCACAGCCGGUGACAAGAUCAUGGAUAACACAAAACCUUACACAGCAGAGCAGCUAUUAAAGGCAGAGACUCUCAUUAUCAGAUGUGUGCAAAGAAAGACUUACAGUAAGGAGUUUGACUGCUUGGCUGCUGGGAAAACCAUUCCCAAAGACAGCUCCCUUUGGAAAUUGGAUCCUUACAUGGAUGAAAAAGGACUUCUGAGGGUAGGGGGAAGGCUCAAGCAUGCAGCGCUCGACAUGGGAGAACAGUUCCCUAUCAUCAUCCCAGCUCGCAGCCACAUUGGGAAGCUCCUAGUGAGACACUACCAUGGAAAAGUCAAACAUCAAGGUCGAGUCUUCACAGAAGGAUCCAUUCGCAUGGCGGGAUACUGGAUUAUUGGUGCGAAACGGUACAUCAACAGUAUUCUCCGCAAAUGUGUGGUUUGCAACAAACUUCGUGGGAGGGCUGCUCAACAGAAAAUGGCUGACCUGCCCCCUGACCGUCUGAGCACAGAGCCACCCUUUACCUAUGUGGGACUUGAUGUGUUCGGUCCCUGGGCUGUCACCACAAGACGAACCCGUGGAGGUCAAGCUAACAGCAAGAGGUGGGCGGUGCUGUUUACAUGCAUGACCAUACGCGCCGUGCACAUCGAACUGAUCGAAUCAAUGGAAACAUCAAGUUUCAUCAAUGCCUUACGGCGAUUCUUUGCUCUGAGAGGACCUGCAAAGCAGAUUCGUUCUGACUGUGGGACGAAUUUCACAGGUGCUUGUAAAGAACUGCACAUGCUGCUCACAGAUCCCGAAGAGCCCAAUGUCAGGAAGUAUUUGGGCGAAGAAGGAUGUACAUGGAUCUUCAACCCCCCUCACUCCUCCCAUAUGGGAGGAGCUUGGGAGCGCAUGAUUGGAGUCUCCAGACGAAUCCUUGACUCCAUGCUCAAUGAAACCAGUCACUCACGCCUCACGCACGAAGUGCUGUCCACCUUUAUGGCAGAAGUAACAGCGAUCAUUAAUGCCAGGCCUCUAACACCUAUCUCUUCAGACCCAGAAUCUCCAUUCCUUCUGACCCCCACUUCGCUUCUGACACAGAAAGUGUGCACUCUCCCUCCCCCACCGGGAACCUUCGACAACAAAGAUCUCCACCGCCAGCAGUGGAGGCAGGUGCAACAUCUCGCCAACACCUUUUGGUACAGAUGGAGGCGUGAGUAUCUUCCCAUGCUCCAGAGUCGCAGUAAGUGGCAGGACGUCAGACCAAACCUCAUGGAAGGCGAUCUUGUGUUGCUGAAGGACAGUCAAGUGAAAAGAAAUGAGUGGCCCCUGGCUCUGGUCACGAAGACUUUCUCUGACCAAGAUGGAAAGGUCAGAAAGAUAGAGCUCAAGGUCACAAGAUCUGGAUCAGCAAAGACUUUUCUGAGGCCUGUCACUGAGACAGUCCUUCUCAUGGCAGCUAAAGAUACAGACUGAGUGAUAUUAAGUCUCUGUUUUUGGUUUGGACGUGUUCCUCAUGUAGUUUAUGAUAGUGGUAUAGUGAUUAUACCAGGCGGGGAGUGUGACGUUACGUUAUCAGGAAGUGAAAAUGGACUUUUAUUUUGAAGGUGAUUUCCUCUCUCUCGCUGGUAGUUUCCGCUAACUUUCUUCUUCGGGUGUGCUUUUCAUGGGAGCUGCCGGUCGGAUGCAAGCUAGUUCUACACAGAGAGGGUUUCUGUCAUCCUAGCUCCCGUUCAUUGUUUCUCCUCACUUUUGGUGCCUUGGAAAGCUUCGUCUGUAAGUUCUGCUCCUGUUUGGAGUCCUCUAGAGAGACAUUGUGUGUUUAAGAGAUAGUGAAAUGAGUGCUGUGUAACUUUAGUUUACUUCUACUCGUUUACUGCAUGCUAGAGUGCAGACUAGCUCCUUGCUUUUGUUGACGUCCACGUUGUUUUCAAUUGCUUCAUUUAUUGGUGGUAUUUCAUAUGCCAUUUUGAAGGUUUGCAUUGAUUUACAUACAUUUAUUGACAUUCAUUCAUGCAAAGAAUGCUUAGGUGUUUUUAUGUGUGUGAGUGUGUGUGUGCAGUAAUGACAUGCAGCAGACAUUU